GCGCCAUCUGUCUGAAGCUCAAAUACAUGGUCAAGCAAGGCUAUCCGCGCCCAACUGAAUUUGCGUGUGACGGUCGUAGAGAGGUGGUAAGAGGGAGACGACACCGGUCACGGUCAGGACCAGCAGUCAAUGGAUGAUAGCACAGCAUUCGGUCGCAACUGCAACUUGCGCCAAGAGAAAACACAACUUUUGGUCAACGUUUACACUCGACCCUCGGGUAAACCAAGCAUUGUUUUUUUAAUGUUGAUAAUAGGAACGGGGAGGCUAACGUCAUUUUUCUAGCUUCAGAUGUUCGUCCGCUCUUCACCUGGUGCUGAAGGGAUGUGUGGGUUGGAAGUGUUAGGACACAUCUAGUCCACCUCUGAUCAGAGAGAACAUAGCGCUGUGUCUUCCACACACUGCCUGCCUGGGGAGAGCAUUGGAUGCAGCUGGGUCAAAACCAGAGGAGAAGAGAGAAUGGCUUUCUGUGGUGUUGUAAUGAUGAGAGGAUAACGGGGCCGAGCACUGAGGGCCCUGAGGUGGACAGGCACAGUUGAAGCAGCAGGCCAGGCAGGCGGUGGGCACCCACCGUCCAGGGACCAGAAGCCACCAUUUCUCGGGUGGUGUGGCCGGCGCGGAGGAGGGGUGCCGUGCGGAGGCUGGAGGCACUCUGGAUGAUGACCAGCCUGUUCCGCCGCCGCAACAGUGGUAACCAUGGUGACGUGGCGUCGCACAGCGACAGCCCAGUCCCAGCUGAACUCAACAACAGUAAUCCCAGUGGGGGUGGGCGAACGGUGCGGCGUCUGGAGUUCAACCAGGCUAUGGAGGACUUCAGGACUAUGUUCCCCAGCAUGGAGCAGGAGGUGAUAGAGUGUGUGCUGCGGGCCAACCACGGAGCCGUGGACUCCACUAUUGACCAGCUGCUCCAGAUGAGCCUGGACGGACACGGCUCUGACGACAGCUCCGACUUAGAGGACAGCAUCCCCCCUGAGAUCCUGGAGCGGACUUUGGAGCCGGACAGCUCUGACGAGGAGCCCCCGCCGGUCUACUCUCCGCCCUCCUAUGACAUGCACAUCUACGACAGGAAGUACCCAGAUCAGGUCCUGCCCACAGCAUCACCACCACCCAGCUUUGAUGCCAGUCAAUCCCGUCCCUGCCAGCCCCCUCCUGGUCCACACCCUCCUGCCAGUCAAAGGCAGAUUGGAAGUUACAGGAACUGGAACCCACCGUUACUAGGCAACCUCCCUGAUGAUUUCCUCCGGAUCCUGCCUCAGCAGCUGGACAGUCUGCCACGCUCUCACAGCAGCCUAACGCCGACUAGUCUGACCCAGCCCUCCUGCUCUUCCUCCCUGUUGUCCAUGACGCAGCAGGUUGAGCCUGGGGCUGGGGCGGCGGCCAGGGCAGGCCAGGUUGGCAUGGAGACGGACCAGGAGAGAAAGAUGAAGCAGUACUUGGAGGAUGAGAGCAUAGCCCUCUUCCUGCAGAACGAGGAGUUUAUGAGGGAGCUGCAGCGCAACCGCGAGUUCCUCAUCGCCCUUGAGAGAGAUCGGCUGCAGUAUGAGUCAAAGGCAUCCAAGUCCCAUCAUUCACCAGCUUUCAUGGGGACGUCCACUCCAGGAGAUAAUUGUGCCUCAGGCUCUGGGGAGGCCUGCACCAAUGUUACUGAUGACGCCUUGUUCCGUGACAAACUCAAGCACAUGGGCAAAUCUACGCGAAAGAAGCUUUUUGAAAUCGCUAGAGCUUUCUCUGAAAACACCCGAAGAAAAAAAACGAAAAGGAGAGCCCUCAUGAAACAUCAUUCACUGGGUAAUGCUGCCUCCACUGCCAACCUCUUGGAAGAUGAAGAAGCUGGACACCUGAGUGAGGAGGACAGCAUGCUCAAGAGACCAGGCCCUCAGGAAGAGGAGGUGCCCCAACAGGAAGUGUUAUGAUUUCUCAUAUAGUUUUGUCUGUGACAAUGGAAGAACAAUAUGGCCCACACUACCCCCUUGACCUGAACCAAGUCCCGUGGAAUAUUACUACCUUCAGAUGAAAUUUCCCAGUUAUGAAGUCGUAAGUCCUGUUUUAGAAGUCAGAGCAAUUCUUCAACCAAUGAGAUUUCAUCUAGCGCGAUGAGCUAGCUAACAUUGCUAAUGAUAAAGUUAGCUAGCUUGCUUAACUUUGACAAUAUGGUAAACUAGCUAUUAUCCACAUUGAUAUGUUUGACGGCGUCAAACGUUAAUUUGCUUUAUCAUCUUGUGGUUGAAAAGAUGAAAUGUCAGUGAUGAAACGUCACAACUCUUAAAUUGGUUAUCUUCUCUGAAUUUCACUCUUGGGAUUCCAACAUGGGAGGGUUGUUCAAGUGCUUAUUUCCCAGUCGGAACAUCGUACACUGCUCAAAAAAAUAAAGGGAACACUUAAACAACACAAUGUAACUCCAAGUCAAUCACACUUCUGUGAAAUCAAACUGUCCACUUAGGAAGCAACACUGAUUGACAAUAAAUUUCACAUGCUGUUGUGCAAAUGGAAUGGACAAAAGGUGGAAAUUAUAGGCAAUUAGCAAGACACCCCCAAAAAAGGAGUGAUUCUGCAGGUGGUGAUCACAGACCACUUCUCAGUUCCUAUGCUUCCUGGCUGAUGUUUUGGUCACUUUUGAAUGCUGGCGGUGCUCUCACUCUAGUGGUAGCAUGAGACGGAGUCUACAACCCACACAAGUGGCUCAGGUAGUGCAGUUCAUCCAGGAUGGCACAUCAAUGCGAGCUGUGGCAAAAAGGUUUGCUGUGUCUGUCAGCGUAGUGUCCAGAGCAUGGAGGCGCUACCAGGAGACAGGCCAGUACAUCAGGAGACGUGGAGGAGGCCGUAGGAGGGCAACAACCCAGCAGCAGGACCGCUACCUCCGCCUUUGUGCAAGGAGGUGCACUGCCAGCGCCCUGCAAAAUGACCUCCAGCAGGCCACAAAUGUGCAUGUGUCUGCUCAAACGGUCAGAAACAGACUCCAUGAGGGUGGUAUGAGGGCCCGACGUCCACAGGUGGGGGUUGUGCUUACAGCCCAACACCGUGCAUGACGUUUGGCAUUUGCCAGAGAACACCAAUCUUGGCAAAAUCACCACUGGCGCCCUGUGCUCUUCACAGAUGAAAGCAGGUUCACACUGAGCACAUGUGACAGACGUGACAGAGUCUGGAGACGCAGUGGAGAACGUUCUGCUGCCUGCAACAUCCUCCAGCAUGACCGGUUUGGCGAUGGGUCAGUCAUGGUGUGGGGUGGCAUUUCUUUGUGGGGCCGCACAGCCCUCCAUGUGCUCGCCAGAGGUAGCCUGACAGCCAAUAGGUACCGAGAUGAGAUCCUCAGACCCCUUGUGAGACCAUAUGCUGACACAUGCACAUUUGUGGCCUGCUGGAGGUCAUUUUGCAGGGCUCUGGCAGUGCACCUCCUUGCACAAAGGCGGAGGUAGCGGUCCUGCUGCUAGGUUGUUGCCCUCCUACGGCCUCCUCCACGUCUCCUGAUGUACUGGCCUGUCUCCUGGGUGCGCCUCCAUGCUCUGGACACUACGCUGACAGACACAGCAAACCUUUUUGCCACAGCUCGCAUUGAUGUGCCAUCCUGGAUGAACUGCACUACCUGAGCCACUUGUGUGGGUUGUAGACUCCGUCUCAUGCUACCACUAGAGUGAGAGCACCGCCAGCAUUCAAAAGUGACCAAAACAUCAGCCAGGAAGCACAGGAACUGAGAAGUGGUCUGUGAUCACCACCUGCAGAAUCACUCCUUUUUUAGGGGUGUCUUGCUAAUUGCCUAUAAUUUCCACCUUUUGUCUAUUCCAUUUGCACAACAGCAUGUGAAAUUUAUUGUCAAUCAGUGUUGCUUCCUAAGUGGACAGUUUGAUUUCACAGAAGUGUGAUUGACUUGGAGUUACAUUGUGUUGUUUAAGUGUUCCCUUUAUUUUUUUGAGCAGUGUAUUUCCCACUUGAGUAGCAUUUGAAGGCAGCAUAUUGCUCUUUUGGUUUCAGAAAUCAUCAAACUAGCUAGUUAGGCACUUUUUUAAAUAUUUAAGUUAUAUGUAAAAUGUAUUGUUAUUGAUGGUGAAUAUUAAAACAUGUUAUGAUUAGAAAAACUAUAUUUAAUUUUUUUAAAUAUUUUAAUUAUUCCUGAUAAUUGCUGAGUGAUACAGCAAAGGCACAGUGAAAGCUGGAGUUGUAAUUCUGAUAGGACUCAGGACCCUAGUGCAUUUUACUCUCAUAUGAAUGGAUUUGACCAUGUCUAGCACCGGAACAUUCAAACAGUCCAUUUCUGGCCCCAUGUGAGUUUGUCUGUGUGCAACAGCGAUUGUUCUAGUUUAUGAUUCCCCCAAUGCAAUUAUAUUUUUUCCUAAUCUGAGACUAUAUUCUCUACCAAAUUGUCUGCCUUAAGGUCCAACAACAAGGUCCAGAUAGGUGAUGUCAUUAGGUGAAUGCACCAAUUUGUAAGUCGCUCUGGAUAAGAGCGUCUGCUAAAUGACUUAAAUGUAAAUGUAAAUGUAGAUAGGCACAUUUUCCCCAUUGAUCUAAUGGUACAGUUGAAGUCGGAAGUUUACAUACAUUUAGGUUGGAGUCAUUUAAAACUUGUUUUUAAACCACUCCACAAAUUUCUUGUUAACAAAUUAUAGUUUUGGCAAGUCGGUUAGGACAUCUACUUUGUGCAUGACACAAGUAAUUUUUCCAACAAUUGUUUACAGAGAGAUUAUUUCACUUAUAAUUCACUGUAUCACAAUUCCAGAAGUGUACAUACACUAAGUUGACUGUGCCUUUAAACAGCUUGGAAAAUUCCAGAAAAUGAUGUCAUGGCUUUAGAAGCUUCUGAUUGACUCAAAUUAUGUCAAUUAGCCUAUUGGAGGUGUACCUGUGGAUGUAUUUCAAGGCCUACCUUCAAACUCAGUGCCUCUUUGCUUGACAUCAUAGGAAAAUCAAAAGAAAUCAGCCAAGACCUCAGAAAAACAAUUGUAGAACUCCACAAGUUUGGUUCAUCCUUGGGAGCAAUUUCCAAAUGCCUGAAGAUACCACGUUCAUCUGUACAAACAAUAGUACGCAAGUAUAAACACCAUGGGACCACGCAGCCAUCAUACCGCUCAGGGCGGAGAUGCGCUCUGUCUCCUAGAGAUGAACGUACUUUGGUGCGAAAAGUGCAAAUCAAUCCCAGAACAACAGCAAAGGACCUUGUAAAGAUGCUGGAGGAAACAGGUACAAAAGUAUCUAUAUCCACAGUAAAAACGAGUCCUAUAUCGACAUAACCUGAAAGGCCGCUCAGCAAGGAAGAAGCCACUGCUCCAAAACCGCUAUAAAAAAGCCAGACUACGGUUUGCAACUGCACAUGGGGACAAAGCUCGUACUUUUUGGAGAAAUGUCCUCUGGUCUGAUGAAACAAAAAUACAACUGUUUGGCCAUAAUGACCAUUGUUAUUUUUGGAGGAAAAAGGGGGAGGCUUGCAAGCCGAAGAACAUCAUCCCAACCGUGAAGCACGGGGGUGGCAGCAUCAUGUUGUGGGGGUGUUUUUCUGCAGGAGGGACUGGUGCCCUUCACAAAAUAGAUGGCAUCGUGAGGAAGGAAAAUGAUGUGGAUAUAUUGAAGCAACAUCUCAAGACAUCAGUCAGGAAGUUAAAGCUUGGUCGCAAAUGGGUCUUCCAAAUGGACAAUGACCCCAACCAUACAUUUUAAGUUGUGGCAAAAUGGCUUAAGGACAACAAAGUCAAGGUAUUGGAGAGGCCAUCACAAAGCCCUGACCUCAAUCCUAUAAAAAAAAUUGUGGGCAGAACUGAAAAAGCGUGUGCGAGCAAGGAGGCCUACAAACCUGACUCAGUUACACCAGCUCUGUCAGGAGGAAUGGGCCAAAAUUCACCCAACUUAUUGUGGGAAGCUUGUGGGAGGCUACCCGAAACGUUUGACCCAAGUUAAACAAUUGAAAGGCAAUGCUACCAAAUACUAAUUGAGUGUAUGUAAACUUCUGACCCACUGGGAAUGUGAUGAAAGAAAUAAAAGCUGAAAUAGAAUUAUUUAUCUACUAUUAUUCUGACAUUUCACGUUCUUAAAAUAAAUUGAUGAUCCUAACUGACCUAAGACAGGGAAUUUUUACGAGGAUUACAUGUCAUGAAUUGUGAAACUGAGUUUAAAUGUAUUUGGCUAAGGUGUAUGUAAACUUCUGACUUCAACUGUAUAGUCCCAGAGAUGACUAAUGUAGGGGAAUACUGUUUCCAUGUAACCAGAGAGCCCUGGUUUGAAUCAGAAUCUGAACCUUCAGUGUAACAAUAUCCAUGUGGCUAGGGUUUUCACCUUUAGCAUGCCUAUGCCUAUUUAGUAAGUUUAGAAAAUAAUUAAUUUACUGUUUCUCAUACACAUUUUUAGUACAGUAUUAGAAACACUAUGAAGCUCCUUCUGUUUGUGCUCCCUACAUCUUUAUUGCUAACAGAAGAGCAGUUAGACCUUCAAUUGUGAGUUGAGGCUUUAUUUUCACGGUUAUCUGUGCUUGCAAUUUUCAUUCUACCAUUUUCAUUCUUUAUGAAUUGUCUUUUUCAACCACAUGCGUUCUUGCUGGUGAAUAUCACUGCUAUGUCUCUCAGAGUACACCUCUUUGCACCUCAGAACUUUUACUCAAGUGAUAUGUUUUUGUUAUUUAAAGAAGAAAAAAUGAUGUCUAUAUUAUUUGAAGAUAAUAGUUUUACUCCUGUGUUGCUUGUAGCUGCUUAGGAAAGGAAGCUCGAGACUAUCACAAUGAUCCAAUGGCUUUAUGUGAUCUUACUGUAAAUGAGACCAGUAAGAUUUUUUUUCAUCAUUUUUUAUUUACAAUACCAGUACUUCAUGAUAUUACUCACACUGGUUUAGACUUGCAGAUAAAUACAUCACAUACAGUGCAUUUAGAAAUUAUUCAGACCCCUUAACUUUUUCCACAUUGUUACGUUGUAGCCUUAUUCUAAAAUUAAAUUGUUUUUUCACCUCAUCAAUCUACACACAAUAACCCAUAAUGACAAAGCAAAAACUUUUUUUUUUUUUUUGCAAAUGUAUACAAAAUUAAAAACGGAAAUAUGACAUACAUAGGUAUUCAGACCCUUUACUCAGUACUUGAAGUACAUUUUACAGCGAUUACAGCCUCGAGUUUGACGCUACAAGCUUGACACACCUGUAUUUGGGGAGUUUCUCCCAUUCUUCUCUGCAGAUCCUCUCAAGUUCUGUCAGGUUGGAUGGGGACUGUCACUGCACAGCUUUUUUUCAGGUUUCUCCAGAGAUAUUCGAUAGGUUUCAAGUCCGGGCUCUGGCUGGGCCACACAAGGACAUUCAGAGACUUGUCCCGAUUCCACUCCUGCGUUGUCUUGGCUGUGUGCUUAGGGUCGUUGUCCUGUUGGUAGGUGAACCUUUGCCUACCAACCUACCUGUUGGUAGGUGAACCUCAGAUUUUCAUCAAGGAUCUCUCUGUACUUCGCUCCAUUCAUCUUUCCCUAGAUCCUGACUGGUCUCCCAGUCCCUGCCGCUGAAAAACAUCCCCACAGCAUGAUGCUGCCACCACCAUGCUUCACCGUAGGGAUGGUGCCAGCUUUCCUCCAGACGUGAUGCUUGGCAUUCAGGCCAGAGUUCAAUCUUGGUUUCAUCAGACCAGAAAAUCUUGUUUCUCAUGGUCUGAGAGUCCUUUUAGAUGCCUUUUGGCAAACUCCAAGUGGGCUGUCAUGCAGUUGUGGAAAAAUUACCCAACUGUCAUACUGGAGUAAAAGUAAAGAUACCUUAAUAGGAUAUGACUCAGGUAGAAGUCAGUCACCCAGUAAUAUUCUACUUGAGUAAAAGUCUGAAAGUAUUUGGUUUAAAAUAUACUUAAUUAGUCAAAAGUAAAAGUAUAAAUCAUUUCAAGUUCCUUAUAUUAAGCAAACCAGAUGGCGCCAUUUUCUUGGAUGGAAUAUGAAUGACAUUCAUCCAAUAUGCUGUGAUAGGUCCCAUGUUGCUCAGUUGGUGGAGCAUGGUAGUUAGUCUUGUCCCAUCGCUGCAACUCUCGUAUGGACUCGGGAGUGGCGAAGGUCGAGAGCAAUGCGUCCUCCGAAACACGACCCUGCCAAGCCGCUGCUUCUUGACAUACUGCUCGCUUAACCCGUGAGCCAGCCGCGCCAAUGUGUUAGAGGAAACACUGUACAACUGGCGACUGAAGUCAGCUUGCAGGCUCCCAUAAAGGCCUGAUUGGUGGAGUGCUGCAGAGAUGGUGGUCCUUCUGGAAGGUUCUCCCAUCUUCACAGAGGAACUCUGGAGCUCUGUCAGUGUUUCAUCGGGUUCUUGGUUACCUCUCUGACCAAGGCCCUUCUCCCCCGAUUGCUCAGUUUGGCCAGGCAGCCAGUUCUAGGAAUAGUCAUGGUAGUUCCAAACUUCUUCCAUUUAAGAAUAAUGGAGGACACUGUGUUCUUGGGGACCUUCAAUGCUGCAGACAUUUUUUUAGUGCCCUUCCCCAGAUCUGUGCCUCGACACAAUCCUGUCUCGGAGCUCUACGGACAAUUCCUUCAACCUCAUGACUUGGUUUUUGCACUGACAUGCACUGUCAACUGUGGGGCAUUAUAUAGACAGGUGUGUGCCUUUCCAAAUCAUGUUCAAUCAAUUGAAUUUACUGAAGGUGGACUCAGUCAAGUUGAACAGACAUCUCAAGGAUGAUCAAUGAAAACAGGAUGCACCUGAGCUCAAUUUUGAAUCUCAUAGCAAAGGGUCUGAAUACUUAUAUAAAUAACGUAUUUCUUUUUAUUCUUUUUAUUAUAUAUAUAUAUAAAUUAGCAAACAUUGAAAAAAAAAAUUUUUUUUUUUUGCUUUGUCGUUAUGGGGUAUUGUGUGUAGAAUGCUGAGUUUUUUAUUUAUUUAAUCACUUUUAGAAUAAGGAUGUAACGUAAGAUAUUCUGGAAAAAGUCAAGGGGUCUGAAUACUUUCUGAAUGUACUGUAUGUUGCUAGAUAUGUAUAAAUUGAAAUGGUUUAAAAGAUGUAUGAUCUAUCUUGGGGAUGUCAUUACCAUAAACUAUGUAGAUAUGCCGUAGGUAGCAAGAAAAUAAUCAAUGCUCAGGGAAUCUUACUCAGCCGCAAUUUUCUUGUUGUGUUUGACCCUCUUCUCUGCUAUUUACUCCAACUGAUUAAACACAGCUGAAAAUAUUCUGAUAUGUUCUGAUAUUCUAUGUGUUCCAUAGCCUAGUAUGGUAUAGUCCUUGUGGGUGGAUUUUUUUUGACCAAUUAUAAUUGGUUUUGUUAUUGCAUUCUCUAGCUAUACUAGAGAGAAAAGAUACAACUCUGUUGGCCUUUUCUGGAAUACAAUUCAGUACAAAUGGCAAGACUUUUCAAUAUCAGUCCUACCCUGAAUAAAAUACUGUUUUAGCAAAUGCAAUUUAGAUGACAAUGUCUUCUUAUCAGACCACAAGCCUAAUUAUCACCAUGUCUAGCUGUAGCUUCCCUCUACUUUAACAAAGGUGAACUUAUAAAUGCCUGAUUACUUGGCAACUCUUUAUAGAUUGUGUUCCACUGAAAUAGGAUAUGUUCUAGCCAUACCACAACUAGAGGGUUACAUGUUCUUAUGUAAGCCAGGAUUUCAUUUCAGUCUGAACAUUUUUUUUUAUCUGGGUUUGCGUGAUUGUUUAAUUAUUCUAUUGUCUUGUGUGUUGGUCAGGGGGCACCUGAGACUUGGCAUAAUGAUAUUUUCUUCCAUGUUACCGUAGCUCCCUCCAAAGGAUUGUGUGUUACAUGAAUGUACAGUAUAGAGCCAAUGUUGAUUAAAACAUGAACCAUUCAGAGUGCACGUCUUUGGGCUCGUUAUCCUGAAUGACUCACCAUCAACCCAAUCAGAAGACAGAAUGUAUCUAAUGCUAAUUUGUGAUUCUUAUUGUAAGCGUUAUACUGUAUUCCUCUAUUUUUCUAUUUGAAAAAGCAUAUAUGCUGGACACUUAUCAGCCAAUUACAUUACAAUUCAUGUUAUCAAAUGCAGGUUGAAGAAAAAAUGGAUGUUAAUGCUUUUUAUGACUUGUACAAUUGAUUUGUAUCUGUGAGAGACAUGCUGGUGUAGAUCUAGAGAAAUGAUCUAAUCUUGUAUAGUAUAAUCUCUUACUUCUCAACCCAAUCCAAAAAUAGGAAAAUAUACACUUCUGUCUUUUGCAUUUUCAAGAUAACUUUCAUAAACAAAUAUUUUCUUAUACUGCUUUUGUUUGCUACGUGAAUAAUACAGUUGUGUUAUACCCCGUG